AACUCUAUCUAACAUACCAAACACCUUUCUGAGAAAAUCACAAUCAACAAUGGCUACCCUCAUUGCUCCCAUCACUUUUUCACCUGGUGCAGAUGCAGAGGCUCUUCACAAAGCUUUCAAAGGAUGGGGGACUGAUGAGAAAACUGUUAUUGCAAUAUUGGGUCACAGAAAUGUUUAUCAGAGGCAACAAAUCAGAAAGCUUUAUGAAGAAAUGUACCAAGAAGACCUCAUCAAACGCCUAGAAUCUGAACUAACUGGUGACUUUGAGAGAUCAGUGUACCGUUGGAUGCUGGAACCUGCAGAUCGUGAUGCUGUUUUGGCCAAUGUGGCAAUCAAGGAUGGCAGCAAGGGCUAUCAUGUGAUUGUGGAGAUUGCUUGUGUGCUUUCAUCUGAAGAACUUUUGGCAGCUAGACGUGCCUAUCACCACCGUUACAAACGAUCUUUGGAAGAAGAUGUAGCUACUAAUACCUCUGGUGAUCUUCGCCAGCUGUUGGUUGGGUUGGUGACCUCAUAUAGGUAUGGUGGUGAUGAGAUCAAUGCAAGAUUGGCAAAAACUGAAUCUGAUAUUCUUCAUUCAUCUAUCAAAGAGAAAAAGGGAAACCAUGAAGAAGCUAUUAGGAUCCUUACCACAAGGAGCAAGACUCAACUUCUGGCAACUUUCAACCGCUACAGAGAUGAUCAUGGCGCUUCCAUAACUAAGAAAUUGUUAGAUGAUGCAUCUGAUGAUUUCAGGAAGGCAUUGCACACUGCUAUUAGAUGUAUCAAUGACCACAAAAAGUACUAUGAAAAGGUUCUGCGCAAUGCAAUGAAAAGGGUAGGAACUGAUGAGGAUGCACUGACCCGUGUGGUGGUUUCAAGAGCAGAGAAGGACCUGAGGAACAUUGCAGAGAUCUAUUACAAGAGAAACAGUGUUCAUCUUGAGGAUGCAGUGGCCAAGGAAAUCUCAGGGGACUACAAGAAAUUCAUCCUCACUUUGUUGGGGAAGGAUGUUUGAAGUGAUUGCACUAGACAACAACAUUGGAACAUUUCUUGUAUCUGUUUAUGUUGUUGGUUUCUUCUGCAUGAUUUGGUUAAUUUCUCAAUUCUGAGUGUGCUUUUACAGUUAUGUAUCUGUUGUAUUUGUUUGUGGGAGAAUGAAACAUUCUGUGUAAGAUCUCUGUUUGUGAUGUUUAAGCACUAUAAUAAAUUUGAGAAACUUAUGCUAA